AGAGGAGAAAAACAUACCCAUGGCUGAGAUUCUCUUGCUCCCUUUCUCUUUGCAUGAGAGAGAGUGAAAGAGGCAGCAGCUCACACAGCACAGCGGUUGGCAGCCUGCAGUACUUCCUCAUCCUGACUGCUGUACAGAGGCAGGCAGCCGUUGGUCCUGACCCUUCAUUUCGCCCUCAGAGUUUCUCCGCGGAGCUCGGCAAAGGGCAAACAUUUUUAGUGAGCUGUGCUUCAGGGCACUCGGGCAGAGGGCAGGCUCUAGGACAGCGUCCAGCACCUAACACGUGUACUUUAACUGACAAACAGCCAUGCUCAAAGCGGGCGCCACCAAGGUGGGGCUGCCCAAGCCCGGACUCCAGGAACGGGCGAAGCAAGCCUCCUUGGUCCCCUCCUCUUCCUCAACCACCUCUACAGCCAUGAAGACCUCCAGAUCCUCCAGCAUGCUUGCCUCAGAGCAGCGCCUCAGCAGGCUGAAGAGAGCGAGCAGUGACGAUGCGUUGACAAAGCCUGCGCUGGGAGCUGCUGCCUUUGGCUCACGGAUGAAGAAAACUGUGACCACUGGCGCCAUCUCAGAUCUGGCCGAGGCCCGUCCCCGCAGCCUGUCUGGUGUUCAAGGAGCCAAGAAGUCUGGUAUCCCAGCACCCAGAGAAAUCCCUUCUUCCAUAACAAGGGACCGCAUCUCCCUGAAGGACCAGCUGAGGAGCUCAUCUACGAAGAGAAUGGUUUCCAGUGCCAGCACUUCAAGCCUCUCCACCUUGGCAAAGCAGACUCGUAGCUCAACCAAGUCCCGCGGAGAUGCAGAGGGCCAAGAAAGGGGUCUUCUGGAGUGCCAGGUGAAGGAGCUGCUGGCUGAGGCCAAAGCUAAAGACUUCGAGAUCAUCAAUCUUAGAAUGGAGUUGCAGCGCUGCAAAGGUAAAGCCUCCACUGCUUCCUCUUCGCCCUCACACAACUCUGUCUCACGCCAAGAUCCCGCUGCAGAUCCAGAGCAGGGACAGGUCACGGAGGCCCUAGUUCUGGUCGGGGAGCUGAGGGAGAAGAAUGGGAAGUUUCAGAGAGAGCUGGCAGCCCUCAGAGAGGAGAACCAAGUACUGAAGGAAAAGCUGCUUACCUUGGAAGCUUCUCCGCUCUCUAGUGCAAAUACCCCCUCCAAGUCUUUAGUAAAUGGCCUGCCUUCAGACUCCAACUCCUCGGCUUCACAACAAGACAGCCCCCCUUCUACUGCCAGCCCAUUCAAAACCUCUGUCUCUUUCAGCUCCGAUAUCACCAAGGAUUCACCUUCACCUGACUCCUCGGAGUUUGAGAAGAUCCCGUCAUGCUCAGAAUCAGUGAGCAGUAGUGUCAGUUGUGAAGUUGUUGCACCGGGGGCAGCAACCAGUGUGUCGGUACAGAGCCUAACAGAACAGAUUCACAAGAUGGAGGAGAGCCACCACAGUACAGCAGAGGAGCUGCAGGCAACUUUGCAGGAGCUGGCUGACCAGCAGCAGGUGGUGCAGGAGUUGACGGCUGAGAACGAGCGCCUGGCUGAAGAGAAGCGCCUCCUGCAGACCUCACUUCAACAGCAGAGAGAACGUCUGGAGGUGCUGGCCCAGAAGAAUGAGGCACUGGCUAUCCGACUUCAAGAGCAAGUCCAAACUCAGGCCCAGCGGGAGGAAGAGAUGGGUAGCCAAGGGCCACGGCUGGCCGAGUUGGAGCAGAGGUAUGCCGAGCUGGUUGAGGGCUCACACUUUGAACGGGAGAAGCUGGUGGACAUCCAGCAGCAGCUGACCGGCAGCUUGCGGGCUCUGGAAGAGGAGCACCAGGAGUCCCAGGGCCAGGUACGCUGCCUCAGGGAGGAGAUGGACAGACUGCAGGCUCAGCUGGCCCAGGAGUUGGAAGUUGGAGAUCAGGCAGCACAAGCUGCAGAGGAGCAGAAGGCGACAGCAGAGUGUCUCAGACUGGAAAACAGUAGACUGAAGGCGCAGGUGGACAUAGAGAGACAGAAGGUGGGUGAGCUGAAGGCUAUGCAAAGUGCCAGCGACAGCACUGAGAUGCAGAGCCUGCUGAAGACAGCCCACACUGAGAGAGACAGGCUGGAGGUGGAGCUGACAGAGCUGAGGCAAGAGAUGCUACAGGCUCAGGCCGAGACUGAGCAUGUGCGAACCACAAUGUCCAAGGCAGAGGCCAAAUGCCAGCAGGUUCAGGAUUGGGCUGAGAGGAGGGAGCAGGAGCUCAGCAGCCAGGUGACUUCCCUGGAGGAGGCUGGGAACCAGGCUGACAACCAGGUGAAGGAGCUGAAGGAGACCAUCUUUGAGCUGGAGGACCAGGUGGAGCAGCAGAGGGCCGUCAACUGUCACACCAACCAAGCCGUCCUGGACAUGGAGAAUCUCGUUAAAAAGAUGGAGGAGCAGAAAGCUGAAGUUGAGCGGCAACUGAAAGUCUUUAACAGACAGAUGAAGGAUGAAAAAGAGGAGUGGCGUCGGUUCCAGGCGGACCUCCAGACGGCAGUUGUGGUGGCCAAUGACAUCAAGGUGGAGGCUCAGCAGGAGCUGCGUGCCCUCAGGAGGCAGCUGCAGGAGGAGCAGGAUCGCAGCGCAAAGCUUUCUUCCGACCUAGAAGCCGUGCAAGGAGUCAGGUCCCAAGGUGACGAGGGGAGAGUGUCCGACUCUGAUAGCAGCCGUCACUGGUGUGGCAUCUCCAUGAUCCCGACCACGCCCUCCGACGCCAGUGGAGAUGCAGAAUCAGAGCCCGGAGCUACUGUCAAAUCCCUCAUUAAGUCCUUUGAUACUGUCGGACAGAAUGGACCAGCUCACACAGUUCAAAUCCAUUCCUCCCCAAGAAGCCCACUGAGUGGGAUUCCUGUCCGCACCGCCCCUGCUGCUGCCGUCUCCCCCAUCCAGAGACAAUCGUACAUAAAGCCCCUGUCAAAGAUGUUGGAAAAAAGAAUCAAUCAGGGAGAAUUCUCUCAUCCUCACGACAAGUUGUCGGGCUGCGGCGAAGACAUGAAACCUAAUAGCCUUAUGAGGAAGAGCCCUUCCCUGGAGUCGGUCAUUAAAACUCCCAUCUCCUUCAGCAGCCGCACAGCAUCCUUCAGCUACAACCGAGGCAACAGCAAGCUCAGUGUGGAAAGAAAGGACCCCUUGGCUGCACUGGCGCGGGAGUACGGAGGAUCUAAGAGAAAUGCUCUACUGAAGUGGUGCCAGAAGAAAACACAAGGCUAUCCGAAUAUCGAUGUGACCAACUUCAGCAGCAGUUGGAGUGACGGCCUGGCUUUCUGUGCCCUCCUGCACACGUAUCUUCCAGCCCAUAUCCCUUACCAGGAACUCAUCAGUCAAGAUAAGGUCCGGAAUCUAACACUGGCUUUCCAGGCAGCUGAGAGCAUUGGCAUCAAACCCUCCCUGGAAAUCGAGGAGCUGAUGAAGACCGACAGGCCGGACUGGCAGAGCGUCAUGCAGUACGUCUCUCAGAUCUACAAGUACUUUGAGACCUGAGCGGUGAGGAAGAGGAGGACCUGGAGCUCGAUGAAGACCAGAGGCACUGCAGCACUUUUCUGCCCCAUCUGUCAGCACGACAUUCACCUUUCAGACAGAGAGACCAACUGCUGCCACGUCGACCCUUCUCCUGCUCACUGUUCCGCACCAGGGACACGACAGAGGACCGGUUCUGGUUGUUGAGGAAUGGAUCUGUCAUUGAUUGAUUGACUGAUUUCAGUGCAGCGGUGCAGAAGGAGACACAGAACCAUGUUCAUUUUUAAAGGUUUAAAGUGUCGGUUCAACAUCUGAGUCGGAGACAAAGGGAAACAGACAAACAAGAGUGUGGUUCAACAUACUUUUGAAGCUUUGUAGUGGUUGACAGAAUUCUUAAUAUUGAUUCAGAAAGAUUUUUUUAGAAUAAUAUGACAAAAAUACAUUUCAAAAAACAUUUGUCAUACACUGGCUGUCAGUCGAAAAAACCAAAAAUCUUUUCUUUAGAUCGAAUUUUUCUGUAGAUUUUGGACGUCACCCUGUGCUUCCAACUCUUACUACUGGAGCUGUUUGACUCAAAUGCUCUGUGGAAAUCGUCUUUGUGCCAAAUCCUCUGCCAAAACCCAACUCUUACGAAACUCUCUAUGCAUGGUUAAAGUGUGGUGUUCUGUCUCAAUGUGACGUCCCCUCUGAACAACGUGCAGUCUGGACUAAAACCAGUGUGAACUUCCGCGAGAUUUGGUUUCCGUUUGCUGAAAUGUUGCUGAACAGGAUCGACACUGACUUCUUGAUUUAUAUUAGUAUUUUGAACUGACAUGUUUGAGUUGAGCUGAAGACUUUAUAUUUUCUUUAAUUGUGUAUCUUGGUUUGUCAUUAAAAAAAAAAAGAGUACAGACAAACCGGAGCGGUCGACACUAAAAUGAUUUAUUACUACGAGAGCUGCUGAAUAGUUUUGUAGAAAUGUUUUUUAUGAAACAGAUUGAUCUCUAUGUUUGUGUAUCGACUCAAUCGAACCCUUUUGCUGUUCCCUCCUGUUGUUCCUUGAUUCUAAAGUCUCUCUACAGCGACGGUACUGCAGCUGCUUUGCAAAAUAUAUGUCUCUAUAUUUCGCAUGCCAUGUUCAAUAAUGAAGGAGACGGUGACUUUUACAUGUAAGAUGUGAGGCACAACGUCUUCUCUGUGGUGGGGUGCAGAUUAAGCCUCCGUUUGCAGGCGCCCGUAUGUUUUGCAAGAUUAAAAGUGUUAUUUAUUUAUUUACAAGACAUGCAUCCUGAAAAGUGUAAAUGUGGCCACACAUGCACACAGUUUUCUAUUUACAUAUAUCCGAUGGGGGCCAUGUUUGAUGAAGAUUACUCAAUAAAGGAUGGUGAGGUUUUAUUUUCAA